GCGCGAAACACGUCAAUCUCUCUUCAAACCACAAAAACGCAGUGUUUGAACAAAACUGCUUUCUCUAUAUAUACCCAAACAAUCUCAACCCUCUAUAACCCUCUAACCCUAUCUCUCUCUCUAUCUCUAUCUAUACAUAUCCUUUAUCUUUGCACCACACGUUUAAACCUCUGGGCUUGGCAAGUUUUGGCCUUUUCAUUCAUUCAGAUGGCCAUUCCCUACCCCCAUUUCAUCGACACCGAGAAGGCCGCCAUGGACGCCGGCCUUCUCCUCCCUUCCUCCUCCCGCUCCCCCUCUGUCAUAUUCACCCAAGAUGACCUCAAGAAGAUCGCCGCCUACAAGGCCGUCGAGUACGUCGAAUCCGGCAUGGUUCUCGGCCUUGGCACUGGCUCCACCGCCAAGCACGCCGUCAACCGCAUCGGCGAGCUUCUCCGCCAGGGCAAGCUCAAAGACAUCGUUGGAAUACCCACCUCCAAGAUAACCCACGAACAGGCACUCUCCCUCGGGAUCCCCCUUUCCGAUCUUGACUCCCACCCUGUUGUCGAUCUGGCCAUUGACGGCGCCGACGAGGUUGACCCCUUUUUCAACCUCGUCAAGGGUCGCGGUGGCUCCCUCCUGAGGGAGAAGAUGGUGGAGAGCGCGUGCAAGAAGUUUAUUGUCAUUGUUGAUGAGUCCAAGCUUGUGAACUAUGUAGGGGGGAGUGGAUUGGCCAUGCCCGUUGAGGUUAUUCGGUUUUGUUGGAAGUUCACUGCCGAGAGGUUGCGCAAGCUGUUUGAGGAGGCUGGGUGUGUUGCCAAGCUUAGGACUGUUGGGGAGAAGGAGGAACCCUAUGUCACGGACAAUGGGAACUUCAUUGUGGAUUUGUAUUUCAAGAGGAGUAUUGGCGAUUUGAAGGUUGCCAGUGACGCAAUUCUGCACCUUGCUGGGGUGGUAGAGCAUGGCAUGUUUCUAGAUAUGGCUACCACGGUUAUUGUGGCAGGGGAGCUGGGCUUGACGGUGAAGAAUAAGUAGUUUUUGAGGCUUUGGAAGAGGGUUAGGAGAAUGAAGGUGUUCUUUGGAAGCAUUGAAAGAUCCAAGGCAAGCUGCAAAUACUUCUAAGCUACCAUGUGGUCCUUGUUCUGUGAUUUCUUGCAUUUAUACACAUUAUGUGACCGAAGAUAAGAGAUUUUAGUGCUUACAUUUAUGUUUGAUAUUAUACUGCGUCUUAUUGAUUCAUGGUUAUUCAAUUACUGGACUGAUUGAAUUUUAUUUCGACCUAAUGGUGUUAGACAAGAUACUGCCAGUUGCCACAGUUAAUGUUGUGGCGUAUUUGGUUGCACAUUGCAAUUGACGCAUAAAAGUGUUGUAUGCUUGCCCUUGAGAGUUGACAUUACAAAUAUUGGUUAUCGUGCUACUCUACUAGUGUUACUUGAAGCUACAAGUGAAGUGCAAAUAGAUACACUAGUAUGAUGAUACUUCUGAAGAACUGGAAUUGUUGCAGAGGACCUGUAAAAAUGCAUUUCGUUUAUAUUCAAAAACAAAACCCUUACCUGCCAAGUUCAAUAAAAAUCAACGCUUCUCUUGUACGACAUAACAUUUUCCAUUUCAAUAUAUUAAUGUCUUAGCCAUUAGUUCAGCAUUUAUCUUUUGAAGUAAAUUUCCUAAUCUCCUAUCACAUUCUUAUUGUUUUACUUUCUAUGCCAAUUUCCAAGCACGUUCUUAUUUAUUUUUUAGAGUUGGGUAUUUGUAUCAUGAUUGGGUUUUCAUUUAUAUAUAUUGAAUGUCCUUGUCAGUGUUAUGAUGUGCAUGUCUAUAUUGUUAUCUUUCUACUUUUCCUAUACAUUGGAC